GCUGCACUCUGCCUGGAUGCAUGCUCCUUAAAACAGCUGGAGAGAGCAGACUCUUAGUAGAGGUACAGCCCUCUGCUAUUAUUCCAGUAAGUGAACUAAGAGCCUUUCAAUCAAUAUAAAUGGGCAAACAAGUUCUCGGGGAAUAGCUGGCUGCAUUAACAGCAGGAGAAGAAAGAACAGUUGAAGAAAACAUAAGAUGAGCUGUUUAACGGGACACAAAAACUUAAAUCUCCAGCAUCGUCUGAGUCCUCCUGACAGCUCUGUUCACCUGCAGCUAUUGAGCCUCAUAGUUCGAUGUCUGGAAAAUAUAAAUGCAUGAGUAGGCACUCUGCACAUCUUUUUUGUUACUCGUCCAGGAUUCUAAUAUACUGUUUUGGAGGAAAAUUCUAAGACAGAAAAAAGUUUUGGCUCAUUCACAGAUUGCUGUGGGACAACUUUUCUUUCUUUUUCUCAUUUGCUUCAUCAAUUUAUCACAGUUACAUUUUGCUAGACAGCAUUGGAAAUAUUUACUGAAAUCUUUUCCUUUAAAAAAAAAACUAUACUGGAGCGUUGGUAGAAAUGUCAUUCGCAUGUUUGAUUGAUGCCCCGUACUUCCUUGAGUUAAGCCCCAAUUAUUGGAAUGACAUUGCUUAAAGGAAAAAGAAAAAAAAAAUAUUUGCACCAUCUGUCUCUAAUUCUCUUUGUGAAUUGUUGACAUUGGAAAGUACAUGCAGAAAAUGGCUUCAUUUAACUUUGUUGUAUAGUGCUGUAACUUUCAGAUGCUUCAUGCUGGCUCACAUACCUUCAGCGCGGUUCCUAUGCAAAACUUGGCAAUCCACGUGCACUGGAAUUUGGAGACUUGUAUUUUUUUCAAGUGUAAACAAAAAGCCUAGGCUGAGGACACAGCUUUUUAGUGCCUUCUGAGGAAUUCCUAAUUGUCUCUCUGUCUUUCUCAUAGAACUUGUUUCUGUUUCAGUAAAUAACCUAGCCCACGUAGACUCCUUUCUCCUCCUCCUCCUCCUUUACCAGCUUCUCCUUUUCCUCAUAUAAGGAUUGGUCUGUCUUUGUCAGCCCCGCUAUACUCUGCUGACUUUUGCUGGGAAGACCUGCAUUUUUCCUGCAUGAAUAUGAAAUGGGCUGGAUGGGAUUAGGGGGAAGUGGCAACUCCGCCUCCCCCAUCAGAUUCAGGACUAGAUUAGUGGUGGAGAUGGAACAAAACAGACAGUACUGGCAGCAUGACAAUACCCAGCUUUACUGUAGCUCUAAUUUUAGGGAGCAUUCCUAUAGUGGGAUGCUUUGAUAAGUCUGCCAGCUCAUCCCUUUAUCAUCUUCUCCAAAAUCAUCAGACAGUUCGUAGGUCUCAUCAACUUGCCCAUCAUCCCCCGCCUCAGCACCCCCUACCUGCCCACCAACAUCAUCACACUGGCUGCCCAAAGUACACAGGUCGAGAGGGUUCUAUCGGUGACUUUAUCAAUGUUACCGAGUUUGGUGUCGAUUGCCUAAACUGGCUGGAAAUUCCCACUUACUUGGAAAGAACUCCAGGUAAAGGAUUGGGGGACCACAACUUCUGCAGGAACCCGGAUGGGAGGAGUAAACCUUGGUGCUUCUUCAGGAACAAUCAUGGUAGAGUGGACUGGGCAUACUGUGACUGCAAACAAGGGUCAGUGCGUCUACGAGGGAACCAGAAAAGCGAGUCAGAGGGAAACGUAGUGGAAGUCUAUGUGAAUGGUGCCUGGGGAACCAUAUGCAGCAGCCAGUGGGAUGAUAAUGAUGCCUCUGUCGUAUGUCGUCAGCUUGAAUAUGGAAAUAGAGGAGAAGCGAAGAAGAUACCAAUAUCUGGAAGGAUUCCAGCUAUCUGGAAUGACGUACGUUGCCGUGGCGGUGAAGAACAUAUUCUUAUGUGUGAAAAAAACAUCUGGCUGGGUGGGGCAUGUCCGCAGGAAGUUGCAGCUGCAGUCACAUGUAGUUCUACACAUGUCCCAGACUCUGCUUUCAUCCCCACUCGGCUCGUUGGUGGAAGCUCAGCAUUUGAAGGACGGAUUGAAGUGUUUCAUGCUGGUCGGUGGGGGACAGUGUGUGAUGACCAGUGGGAUGAUGCUGAUGCUGAAGUUGUCUGCAGGCAGCUAGGAUUUGGGGGUAUUGCUAAGGCAUGGAAUCAGGCUCAUUUUGGAGAAGGCACUGGUCCUAUAUUGCUGGAUGAAGUACAAUGCACAGGAAAUGAGCUGUCUAUAGAGGACUGUCAGCUCAGUACAUGGGGUGAACACAACUGUGGACACAAUGAAGAUGCUGGAGUCUCCUGUACACCACUGGCAGAUGGUUCCAUUAGACUAGCAGGAGGUAAAGGUAGCCAUGAAGGACGUCUAGAAGUGUUCCAUACGGCACAGUGGGGAACAGUAUGUGAUGACGGGUGGAAUGACAUGAAUACGCACGUUGUUUGCCGCCAGCUUGGAUUUAAGUAUGGAAAGAUCUCGCUGGAGAAUGAUUUUGCAGAGACUUCUGGUAUCAUUUGGCUGGAUGAUGUGAUUUGCACAGGAAAAGAGUCUACUCUCACACAGUGCACUAAGAAAGACUGGGGCAAACAUGACUGUAGCCAUCAAGAAGAUGUUUAUAUAACUUGCAACCCAGAAACUGAUCAGCAUAGGCCAUUGCCUGGUCCUCCUCUGAGGUUGAUGGAUGGUGAAACAAAGAAAGAGGGGCGUGUGGAGAUUUAUCUCAAUGGCCAGUGGGGGACAAUCUGUGAUGAUGGAUGGACCGAUAAAGAUGCGUCUGUUGUGUGUCGGCAGCUUGGCUACAAGGGUCCAGCAAAGGCCAGAACAAUGGCGUAUUUUGGAGAAGGAAAAGGUCCUAUUCAUGUGGAUAAUGUUAAAUGUACAGGGGUGGAGAGAUCAUUGGCAGACUGCAUUAAACAAGAUAUCGGAAAGCACAAUUGUCGCCAUAGUGAAGAUGCUGGUGUGAUCUGUGACUAUUUAAGUAAGAAAAUGAUGUCAGCUGGACCAAAAGAAUCAUCCCAUGUUUGUGGAUUAAGGUUGUUACAUCGGCGCCCUAAACGCAUUAUUGGGGGCAGAAAUUCCUUACGAGGUGGAUGGCCCUGGCAGGUAGCGCUAAGACUGAAAUCUUCUCAUAGUGAUGGAAGGUUGUUAUGUGGAGCUACUCUUAUCGGAAGCUGCUGGGUGCUUACUGCUGCACAUUGCUUUAAGAGAUAUGGAAACAGUACUCGUAAUUAUGUGAUAAGAGUCGGAGAUUAUCACACACUUGUCCCAGAGGAGUACGAAGAGGAUCUGGGAAUCCAGCAGAUCAUUAUCCACAAAGACUAUAGACCAGAUGGAAGUGAUUAUGAUAUUGCUUUAAUAAGACUAGAAGGAGCUCCAGACCAGUGUGUGACAUUCAGCAGCCACGUCUUACCAGCCUGUCUACCUAUGAGGCGAGAGAGGCCACAGAAAACAGCAUCAAAUUGUUAUAUUACAGGAUGGGGUGACACAGGCCGAGCAUAUUCAAGGACUUUGCAACAAGCUUCCGUGACUUUAUUACCAAAGCGGAUUUGUGAAGAGCGGUACAAGGGUCGGUUUACUGGGAGGAUGCUUUGCGCAGGAAGUCCUCCUGAGCAGAAACACGUGGACAGCUGUCAAGGAGACAGUGGCGGCCCUUUGGUGUGUGAACGAACUGGAGGCAGCUGGGUAGUAUAUGGAGUAACCUCCUGGGGUUAUGGCUGUGGUGUUAAAGACUCUCCUGGAGUAUACACAAAAGUGUCUGCCUUAAUACCAUGGAUAAAAAGUUUGACCAAUUUGUAAAGAUCGCAAAAGCCUAAAUGUUUUCAAUGUAGCCAGACCAAACUGUCAUGGAUUUCACACUGACAGCAAGGCACGUUGGAGCUAGUAUGUUGUGAUUUCUCUUCUAGGCUACUAGCUUGGGUUUAAAAUGUACAGUUUUAUUUCCUUAUCGGUCAUGUUGUAAAAAAAAAUGUGGGACUGGUAUUACCUCUCUGUAGCUGCUGUUAAAAAAAAUAAAAAUGACAAAAGGCCAGCCUUUAUGCUAGAUUAGAGUAAGCCACUCUUACAGACAAUGGGCCAGAUUCA